AUGGAUCUGUCCGAUGGCGAGGGUAACCAGGAAGACGAGAAUUUCGAGCUGCAUUUCGUUGACCAGUUUGGCUUUGACGACGGGCAGCUGUACGGGGAUGAACAACCGUACGGCGACGAACAACAGUACGGCGACGAACAACAGUACGGCGACGAACAACAACAGUAUGGCGACGGACAGUUUGGCGAAGGACAGGGCAUGGAUCUCCUUGCUCAGAACAACUUUCCUGGGCAGAUUGUUCUCCCAGACUACGGACAGAACAAUAACCUCGGCAACGUUUCUGGUUUUGGAAGCAUGAAUCCCAACCCCUUCCCUCCUCACACUCAUGGACACGCUACUGGUCAUGAUAAUACACAGAAUAAUCUCACUUCUGAGAGCAAUCAGCGGCAAAUCAUCGGCCAUUACUAUGACAGCGACACUGGCAACCUCAUCACGGAAUACGCCGACCCCCCCGACGAAGAUGGGUUUAACGUUAUGCAGUCGUUGACGAACCAGAACGUAUCUCAGCAACCUCUUGGUCACAACGGCGGACAUCAUGACCCUAUGGCUCAGCAAAAUCAAGCCUUGAUACACGGCCACGGCUAUAUCCAGAGCUUUCCGCCCCGUCCCCCAGCCGAAGCCACCGACGAAGAUUACCAAGGCGGUCAGCCUCGUCGCUCUUACACACAACAAAUGCAAGAUGACAUUACCUACCUGGAUUCUCAGUUGGCUUCUGGAUCUGACUUGGCUUCUGCACCUCAGCUGGCCCUUGGAAUUCCAGGACAGGCAACACAGCCAAUCUCUUGGUCUGUCAUGGGUAACGUGUCGCCUGCUCAGGUCUGGGAUGAGCGGUCUGUCAACCGCCCCCGCGAUGCCUUCUCAAUCAUCUUCGACAAGGCAUUGAAGCUUGGCCUAGAAGAGGUCCUCAAGGAGGGCGGCGUGUCGUUCAGGAUUGCAACCAUGUGCUCCGGCACCGACGGUCCCAUCUUGGCUCUGCGUGAGUUCGUUGAAGCGGCCACCGCUUACGGCUAUCCGAAUCUCCUUCAGUACGAGCACGUCUUCAGCGUUGAAAUCGACCCAUUUAAACAGGCCUUCAUUCGGCGCAAUGCAGCUCCUUCGGGGCCGAUCUUUCGCAAUGUCGUCGACGUUGGCAUGCCCGGGGCUACUCAGGCCAUGACGGCUUCCGGAGCCAUGGCGGAUAUUCCUUUGGGCAUCGACAUUCUCAUCGCUGGAAGUUCGUGCGUCGACUUCUCGAGCCUGAAUUUUGCCAAGGACAACAAGAAGAAGGAGUCUGGGUUGAAUAAGCUUUUCGAGCAGUUCAAGAGGCAAGGUGUCUCAGCCAUUCGACAGGAUGAUCCAAUCGCCGUGGAGGUCAUUGAUUGCCUCGAACAAAUCUUCAAAGAUAUCAAAGACGAAAAGGGAGAGUCAACCAAGACUUUUCUGUCCAUUCUGAUGUACGCCCUCGCACAUCGACCCAAGAUCUUAAUCUUGGAGAAUGUCACAAGGGCUCCGUGGGACCAAUUCAAGGACUUCUGGCUGCCAAGCAUCGGAUACGCGGCGGCCUUCAUCCAAGUCGACUCCAAGAAUUUCUUGGUUCCUCAAACGAGGCAGAGAAAAUAUUUACUUGGGGUGGAUGCCCGCCACUAUGGAGACCAGGCCAAGGAGAUCGUUAAUACAUGGGUUAAACUCAUGGACAUCUCACAGUGGUUCAAGAACCCGCCGGACCUUCAAAACUUCUUGCUUCCCCCGUCUGAUCCGCGCGUGCUUCAGACUCGAUUCCAGUUGGAACGGAACUUGCUCUCGAAGCCGAGAAGAGAUGUCGAGGCUGUUCAUUGUGCAGCGGAUCACAGGUCAGCACGUCGAAAAGAAGAGCUCGGCACCUCGAAUCCAUAUACUCGGAUGGACGAUAGAGGUCAUGUUCAUCCACGUGAGGACACCUGGCAGGGCGUCAUUUCAGUGUACACAUGGCGGAUGCAAGAUCUGCUGGAUGUUGAAUUCCUGAGAGCGCGGAAGAAGGGAUUCGACUUCACUCACAAGAUGUUCAUCCUCGAUGUUGGACAGAACGUUGAUCGACAAAACGGAAGGCUGGGUGUCAUCCCGUGUGUUUUACCCUCAGGGGAUCUUUUCAUCUCGUAUGGUGGCCGUCCCCUCUUGGGUCUGGAGUGUCUCGCCGUGCAGGGCAUCCCCAUUGAUCGCAUCUCGCUUUCUGUGGAGGGGGAAAACCAGCUCAAGGACCUUGCCGGCAACGCAAUGACGACCACUGUGGCCGGUGCAGCCAUCCUCUGUGCCAUCACUGCCGAGUACACGUUCAAGAGCAAGUCGCGCAACCAGCACGUGCAGGGCCUCGCCAAAGCCAACCGCGACCCGCUCCUCCUGCCCGAGGGCCUGCAUCACACCGCGUCUGACGAGGUCGAGCCUUCCAAUCUCCCAGUUUCCUAUUCUGCCAUCGACAUCUCUCCACUCCAACGCGGCAGCCACGAAUCUUCCACCAACAAGAACCAAGACGGUGCCCACUUGCUUGCUGCCUCAUCAACUUCCUCCAGCAAGUCGCCUUCCGCCUUCGCAGACACCAUGGUCUGGCAGGAGAUCGUCUCCCGCGGCUGGGACGGCAACAAGUCGGUUGAGUUUUUCUGCACUCUCUGCCUUCAUGGCCGCCGAAAUUGUCACUGCGACGCCUUUCGCAAGCAUCAGCACACCGGUGUUUAUUUACGAUGCGAGGACUGCAACGAGACGCGCUGCGAAAGCUGCGCUGGUAAUCCAGACCACAAUUUCGACAGAGCGAACCCCAUCAACGACAAGGCGUCGAUCGACAAGAGCACGGCGAAUGAGCUUGCCAUUGCCGCCUUUCCAGCUCAUCUCUACGUUGAUUGGGCAAGUGCCGAUACGGUUUGCACUGUCGAUAUUCUCAAUGACCUCGAUAAACAGAUCUUUGGUGGCCACCGCGAAGCUCUCCAACGUGGAAUUCAGACGUGUGUAGCCGGAGUUCAUUACUUCCAGACGGACCUCAAGUUCAGAGACGACCUGACCGUGACUUACGAGUCUGAAAAAUCCAUCAUCACCAUUAUUGUUACCGAAAAGGAUGUUACGUGGAGCAUGCACAUACGUCCUGUACAUCUCGACCUCAAACACCCGUCGCUCCAGAACGACAUUCGACUCGGCGAAGCGGCCGUUCAAUUGGCAGUUCUGGGCUACGACCUUCGAAAGCCUCUCUUGAAGGCACACCAAAUCGACGUGGAGCUUCUCCAACAACUCACUGGCAAUGAAAUUAAGCCCGGAUUCUACCAGGAACUUGUCGCUGCGAAGGGUCUUGCACCCGAUCUCAAGAGUAAAAUUGGAAACGAUGUCAACGGGGAGUACCGCUUCACCAACAAUUGUGCAACCCCAUUAGGGCUCCUUUACACCAGCAAAAACGAUCGUCUCAGCCCAGUCUACCUCAUGCUUCACACGACAUGCAAUGGAGCUGCCGGUACCGAUCGAUGGGUUUUGACGAGGAACCCUCGUAAACUUGAGCCGGAUCAAGUGCGAGAGAUCAUCUGCGUUUUGCCCCAAGGCUUCAAGCACCCCAUGACAGAAGGACAACCUCCUGCCUCUAUAGUCCCCGCUGUGCUUCCUGGCGUGUACACGUCUUUGCCGCCCGCCCUGAACGUUACUGUCCACGAGUGUGCUCCAGCCCGUGAGGUUGGUCUCAGCAAUUUGCGGGAGCAGUCCAUCGGAAAUAUUGACUGCCAAUCUUCGACUCCGGCCAUCUUGAUCAGAUUGGACAACACCGAUAUGCACUUUCCCGUCAAGUCACUCCUUGCUCAGUUGACACCCGCCUUUGGUGCGAACAAUGUGGCAGUUCCACCCGAUGACGAUGAAGUCUGGUUUACGGUUGCCGAGCACGAGAUCAAGGAUGCGCUGGCAUUGGCCUCUUCAGCUAUCAACAAAUUGACGACAUCAAAAUGUGCUGACCUUCUUGAAGUCGACAACAUCAUUCUGGAGUCUAGUGAUGCAUGCCGCAGAUGCUCACCGAACACCCCCAAGGCCCUGCACUACUGGGAUGCGGAUGGCAACAUUGUACGAAUCGAGGACGAGGCAAUGGCGGCCAAAAUGGAGCAGGAUAUCCGACAGCGACCUGCUCCCCUCGUAAUUCAGGCCCGGCAGGACCUUUAUGUUGAAGGAGCUGAUGGAAACAGCGUGCUGAGCAUGAGGAUCCUGCUCAACCCAGCGUCGCUCGCGCACCGAGCGCAUGGUCACUUUCCGGUUGAUAAAGACGUCAUGUCGCCAAUGGUUCGCUCAACCCGCGGAAGUGGCUCUUUCCGCGUGGACUUGAAUUUCUUCGAUCCCAGUCUGAAGGAGCUGGCACCGUUCAAGCAAAGUAUGCACGCUGUUCUGGCAGGAGACCACCCUGUAGGACACUUCAGGCAGCCGCCUAACUUUGUACGGAACGGAAUGAGCUUGCGUCCAGACCAACUGGAAGCUGUUCAAUGGAUGAUCAAGCGCGAGAUGGAUGAAACGUUCACCGAAAGAGAAUUCGAGGAGCGAAUUCUUCCAUCUGUGAACGUACGCUUGACUGCCGUUGCAAAGCUUGAGAACUCUGCCCGGGGAGGUGUCCUUGCACAUGAUAUUGGCUACGGCAAGACUAUAGUCACGCUUGGUCUCAUUGACUACACCACCAGGCCCGGGAGUGGAGAUUUUUCCAUUCUGGAACGGUCGAAGUGGUUGGGAACCGCGAAUUUCAUCCACCUCAAGGGUACUUUGGUCAUCGUGCCACCUCACAUCGUCUCACAGUGGGCUCAAGAAGCUGUGAGAUUCGUUGGUCAGCUUCGAAUUCUCGUACUUGCCAAGACGGCCGAUAUCUCACGGAGCAAAAUGGAAGCAGCAGACAUCAUCAUUGUGAGCAACACUCUCAUGUCUUCAGAGAAAAGUAUAGAGAAGCUCGCUGCAAUUUCCAAGCUGCCGUCGAUUCGUCAAAAGAAAUCGAGCCGAGACUUCCAGGACUGGCAUUCUGAAGUCAUUGCGACCAUCAAGCAUGCAGCCUUUGAUCACAGUAACCUCCGUAACCCGAACAACUCCCAGGUCGAGGCAAGGAUCCAAAGCCACCGCAACAGCAACAAUGAUUGGGUCAAGAUGGCCGCGGCCAACAUCGUGGCCGCAAGCGAUCGUAAGACGCAACAGACUGCCAAGACUGCUCCCAAGAAGAAAGGCAAGGCAGCGAAGACCAAAACGACUACAAAAAUUGACGUGCUAGAGGCCUUUCAAAAUGGUGAGGUACUCGAAAUGUACACUUACCACCGUGUCGUCCUAGACGAAUUCUCGUACGAGAACACAUCCAUCGCAACCUUCUUCAAGAACACGGUCGCGCAUUCGAAAUGGAUCCUCUCUGGUACACCGCCCACCAUCAAUCUCGGCCAGAUCUGCGAGACCGCCGCAUUGCUCAAUGUUCAUGUUGCGCGACCGACGCCAUCGAUGCCAGGAUUCUUCCCCAAUGUCACGAAUGGGCCCAAGGUAUCCGAGUUGACGGACGCCGAAGCAUUCCGCAGCUACACAGAGCCCUUGUCCGCUCAGCUUGCCGCCGACCGUCAUAAGCAAGGCCAGGAUUUUCUUCUUCACUAUUUACGGAAGAACAGAACGGACGUUAGAGGCGUGGAGAUGGAUGAGCUAAUCUUCCUCGCCCCCAUGCAACCCCAAGAAGAGUUUAUCUACGACCUUGUGCAACAAGCACUCGUCGAUGCCAAGUGGGACGUAGAAGGAAUGCCAUGUGGUCUCGGUGGUUUCCUUCGUAUCACCUUGAACAAUGAGAUGACGCACAAUGCCGGCUCCAAAGUCAAGGCUGCCGGCAAAUCCAUCUGGUCGGAUGCAAUUGACGGUCUACUCCUUCUGUCUUCGUUACCCGCUUCGCACGGCCGACAGGGUUUUGAGAGCAUGGGGUGGAAGGAACCCAAUGCCGACUUCACACUUCGAAUUCUAAGCAAAAAAGCGUCUGCCGCAGCUGCUAGCAACCUUGCUCAUUGUACCCAGAUUUUGGUGUCGUAUUUCGAUCUCAUGAUGUACCUGGCGAACAUGAUCCCGGAGGAGGUCGGAGACAAUGGCAGUGGAAAGGCUAAGAAAGAUGCCUAUUUUGGCCACAUGGAGGAGAUUUUCGACUUCAUGAGAAACACCGACGGCGACUCUGGGGAUAUCAUGUUCAUGGCCUAUCUUCAUGAGGCGAUCGUGUUCAGAGGCCGCCAGGAUUAUGUCCCUCCUGAACUCGAUGUUUGGGACUUUAAACGCUGGUCCGAGUGGCUGGGUGGCCCUGGAACGUAUAACUCUGCAGAUUGGUGGCUUCUAGAGUCAGGUCACGACCUGUCCGAUGCUGAACGAGAUAUCUUGUACGACCGAUGGAUUGACUCCAGCGAUGGCCAAGUUGAUACUAGAGAGGCUCGCAUCGAAGUUAUUCGCGAAAAGCAGGAGAGCGAGACUGCGUGCCAGAAAAUGGCCGUGGCACUCGGACUGAAGAGAAGCGACGAUACGCAGGGUCGACUCAAGAAGCAUCUCGAAGGAAAGGCUACCAAGGACGACUUUGAGUUCGGCAUUCAGAUCCCGGCCCACCGGCCACAAAAGGGCAAAAAUAUCAGGCCCCGCGGGCAGUCCAUUGAUGAGACAUUGAAUACUUUCAUCUUAGUUGUUCAAGGCGUUCAGGCAGGCAUCAAGAUCGUCAUGGAGGCAUGGCGACGCUAUAUGUUUCUGCUGAAGACAGAUUGCCUUCGAGGUGGCAAUUUGGAAGACCACAAAGAGCUGGCCGUCACGUGCAACGUUUGUGCGAGCGUUGCUGCUGGUUCCAAUUUCCUUCAGUCUAUUGCAUGUGGUCAUACCCUUUGCGACAGCUGCUUCAGAAACUUCACUGAGAGCGGAGGUCAGUUGUGCCCUGUUCCGACUUGCAAGGCACUCAGUCGCGGCUCCUUCAUGCCUCACCAAUUGUUUACUGGUCCGCAAAGUAUGGAUGCAGAUCUGUCGGCAAUUCCAAGCUCCAAAGUAAUCAAUAUGGAGCACGUAAUUCUCAACAAUGUCAACGAUGACGAGAAGGCCUUGAUAUUUGCUGCGUAUGGAGGCAUCAAAGAAGAGGUUCACAGCUACCUCCUUCGCCUCCACGGCAACCGAAUCGGUGUUUACAUGACCGACGGAAGAGAUCAGGACUCGAACACCAUCGAGGCUUUCAAGGCACAUCAAGGCAAGGCCGUUCUCAUCCAGAGUCUCAUGUCGUCUGAGUCCGCUGGCACCAAUUUGACAGAGGCCAACCACAUCCUUUUCGCCGGAGUUCUGUUUACAGACUCGGAUAGUUACGAAAUGUACAUGAAGCAGGCAAAAGGCCGUAUCAUUCGACACGGACAGAAGCGGCCUGUCUUUGUUUAUCACUUCAUCACACCGGCCACGCUUGAGUUCGACAUUUUCAAUAAGCGGCAUGGCAACCGCAUCCGCAACUGGGGUACUCAUGGACGGAUCCCCAUUCCGGUACCCGAGAACAAACCCAUGGCCACGGAUUUUCCUCUGUUCUUCCGUCCGUACUUGGAUAUAGCGUCGGUUGAGAAACUUCUGCGCUCUGUGGAGUUUGAGGAGUAUGAGAAGUGA